AACAGCUCGACGGUGAACAACUUUAUCUGCUUUGGAGUGUGGCACGGACGAGGCGUAGCGCCGUGAAAGGUUGUGUUGAGCAGAGCUCCAGGAGAGCGGGGAUGAGUUGAACUGGCCGAGGUGGUAGAUUGCAAAUCACGGCGUCGCAGUGGAAAAUAAAUGAUCCUGAAAAGUUUUGCUUUCGUUGGAGUAAACUGUGGCCGACAAGAAGCUGUUCAACACCGAGCUCCGAAGCGGCAGUGAGGAUCAACACAUUGUGAACUGUGUGUAGCAUGAGGUAAAAGAAGGCGGAGCACCAUGAACCUCUAGGCAAAGGAUCAAACCAGAGUUUCAGGUUGGUUGAGGGCUCCAUGGCAUAAAGCCUGUCCUCAGACUCAGCUUGUCCCUGGGGAGAGCUGCUGAGGAGCUCGCUACUCUGACGCCCCGUUGUCAUUUUCCACAGCCGGAGAGGAACCAAGAAGCAGUCAGCAGGAGCCAUGCCUGCCCUGGCCACUGGAGCUGGCCACGAGCCAGGUCUGUAUGAGCUGCUAGCGGCUCUGCCCUCUCAGCUCCAGCCCCAUGUCAGCCGCCCCGAGGACAGCACCUUCCUCCAGGACAUGUUUGGUGAGAGGAGCCUCCAAUCGCUGGUCAAGAUUCAUGAACGGCUGCAGCACUAUGAGGAGAGUAACCCCGCUCCCGUUUUGGACAAUGCUGGGACUCUGGCCAAUGAUUUGUCAGAGGAGCUUCAAGGGAAAUCUUCCAGUGGAGACAUCAGAGAGCUGCUUAAACUGCUGGCCAAACCCCAUGUUAAGAGCCUUCUGUCGGUUCACGACACCGUUGCACAGAAGAAUUACGACCCCGAGCUACCUCCUCUUCCCGACGACAUAGAUGACGAUGAGGACUCGGUGAAGAUCAUCCGGCUGGUUAAAAACAAGGAACCUCUCGGCGCAACAAUAAGGCGUGACGAACAAACAGGAGCCAUCCUCGUCGCCCGGAUCAUGAGGGGAGGGGCGGCAGACAGAAGUGGACUGAUUCAUGUUGGGGACGAGCUGAAGGAGGUCAACGGAAUUCCUGUGGCCGACAAGAAACCGGAGGAAAUAAUUCGUAUUCUGGCCCAGUCGCAAGGGGCCAUUACCUUCAAAGUCGUCCCUACCAUCAAGGAAGAGACGCCGAGCAAGGAGCCCCAGAUGUUUGUGAAGGCCCUCUUUGACUACGACCCCAAGGAGGACAAAGCCAUCCCGUGUAAAGAGGCCGGACUGGCUUUCAAAAAGGGCUCCAUCCUUCAGAUCAUGAGCCAAGAUGAUGCAACCUGGUGGCAAGCCAAACAUCAGGGGGACGCUAACCCCCGCGCUGGCCUCAUCCCAUCCAAGCAGUUCCAGGAGAGGAGAUUCGCUCUGCGGCGGCCUGCUGCGACUCUUCAGUCCCAGAGGGCCUCCAGCCGGCGAUCAUUGACCAUGGAUGCACCGCAGCCAUGUACCACAGACAUUGUGUCUCUAGAUGAUGUGGCAAUUGAGUUUGCUGAGGAGAUUGAAGAGGACGCUGACUAUAGUGGUGGAUUCCACCUAGCUGGGUUCAGGAGAAGCUUCCGUCUCAGCAGGAGAGACAAGAAGACCAACAAGUCCAUGUACGAGUGUAAGAAGAGUGACAUGUACGACAUGGCCGACGUGCCCACAUACGAGGAGGUCGCCAAAUACCAGAGGGAGAGUAAAGCUAAACACAGGCUGGUGGUCCUAGUGGGUCCCACAGGGGUCGGCUUGAAUGAACUGAAGAAGAAACUGUUGAUCGCUGACCCUCGACACUUCAGCGUGACCAUCCCACACACCAGUCGGGCCAAGAAGGGCCAGGAGAGCGACGGCGUGGAGUACCACUUCAUCUCCAAGCACCUCUUUGAGACUGAUAUCCACAACAACAAGUUCAUUGAGCAUGGCGAGUACAAAGGGAAUUACUACGGGACAAGUUUGGACUCGAUACGCUCCAUCCUCUCCAAGGGCAAAGUGUGCCUAUUGGAUGUCCAGCCUCAUACGAUAAAGCACCUGCGGACAGCAGAGUUUAAACCCUACGUAGUGUUUGUGAAGCCUCCGACGAUUGAGAGAUUGAGGGAGACGAGGAAGAAUGCUGAAAUCUUCUCAGCCAAGGACGACAAGGGAUCCGCCAAGCCAUUCACGGAAGAGGACUUCCAGGAAAUGAUAAAGGCUGGCCAGGUGAUGGAGAGUCAGUACGGUCAUCUGUUUGAGAAAGUCAUUGUGAACGACGACCUGUCCGCGGCCUUCGGUGAGCUGUAUCAGGCUUUGAGGAAGGUGGAGAACGAGGCGCACUGGGUUCCCGUCAGCUGGACUCACUCCUGAGACCCAGACAAAGACGAUACCAUGAACUGAGAAAAGGGAAGGGCUUUGAAUAAAAAUGUGCAGGUUUUUAUCUUUUUAUGUCCACUGUUGCUGGUGUCAGGUGUCAAGGGGGUAACGGGGAUUUAAUAAGACAGCACCAGACUGCUGUGUCACCAUACCUGAACUGCAAACCUCUGAUCCUGGGUCUUUGCUUGGGAUCACGUUGGAUUUGGACUUUGCCUGGGAUCAGGUUGGAUUUAAACUUGAAACUGCGGUCUGGAUCUGACUCUCCAGGUCUGACCAGAUUUGACUUGGCCAGUUGUCACUCUGUGUCAAGGCAAAGGGCUUCUGUCCAGGAUACGGGCCGUGGCUUUGGCCAGAGUCUAGGACAUUGACCUGGGUCUUUGUUUUCUUUUAUGGACCCAGCCUGGACCGUCCAUUACACAGCACCAGCAGUUCUGCCAGCAAAUCAGCGAUCCCGCCAACAAGGACUCCUUCCAUAGUGUGUUUAUAACAUUAGUUCAUUAGAAACCAAAGGGACUGACAUUAUUUUUCUUCUUGGUGGACAGUUUACAUGCAUAUGUCUGUAAAAGAACAUGACCUCUGAGGAGAACGGGGAAGAAGAGAAAAGAAAUAAGAUUUGCCUUCUGUCUUAAACUAUUUUUGCGCUUCUAAAACGCUUCCAUGACUGUUACUCCAAUGUCCAAACAAAAUAUUGUCAGGUACACUCUCAAGAAAGGGCAAUAGGUGUAAUUUUAUUUAAAAGAAAUUAAUAUAUUUUAAUAUUUUUCAGCUGUUGUUUUGCGUACCUUUUAUAUGCAUAUCAUUAUAGUCCUCAGAGCAAAUCCAACCUCUAGUAACUUUUUGACAAGAUUUUGACAUUGGGAGUGUCUCUUCAUGGUCAGUGUUUUGUUUUCAUCGCCGAGUCCAGUUUUCCCCCUACAAAGCACAUAGAGAGCCAUUUUGUUUAGGUGUUUUAUAUUCCAUUAAGGAGCAUUUUGAAAAGCCACCACCCUUCAUAUGAAGGUGCCCAGCAUAACAGCUUUGCCAUUUAAAGUCCCAACACCAGACACUUUUGGCUGUCUGUUGGAAGAAAAUGUUCUCAAUCAUGUUUCAUUAGGGUGGAGUCUUUAUUUUUAUUCACACAAAAAUGGCUUCAACAAGGCACCUAAUAGAGGGUCCAUAGUACACUUCCAGGUUUAUAACUGGGAGAGAGGCGAGGUAGCCACCGCUUACUUUACGAGCGUCAUGUUGUAUAGAAGUUAGGAGCUGAUUGUUAUUUGGAUGACUCUCCCAUUCCUAUUCUAACUCACCCUCCCUCUCUUAUCCAGGUUUUACUCCCUUCUCCCUUUUUUUCACUUUUAGUUUAUAGACACUUGUCAUGAGAUACUUAAGCGUUUGUUUUCAAAGCACCUACUUUCUGAAUGUAAAUCCUCUGCCAUUACCAGUAUCCUUUGUAAAGCCUGUACAGAUUGGCUCUUUGCUCCUAUUAAAUCAGCUCCUCUCAUUUUCAGAAAUGGCAAAGUGUUGAUGAACAUACACAUCUGAUCUAAUUUAAGGAAACGUGCUGGAAAUCAGUAUUUCAGUGUCUUGCUUUUAAAUUUGAACAAAUCGUCCAUUAUCUGACUCCCCUUCAUAUAUUCACACUCCCUCACACUAGCUGUGCAUUACCAGAUAAAGCUGCAAAGCCCCUAAAUAAAUGUCUUCCUGUCCAUUUAUUUUGUCCAUUUCCAGGACUUUUUCUGCAACUGUGUUCAUUUUCAGCAGGUCAUGACUUUUAUGCUCCUGAUUUGCUAAUGAUACCAUAAAGUUUAAGUCUAUGUCAGUCAUCAACUAUAUGUUUUGUUUCUUCAUGACAAUGCCACAUGUUUGUAUUCAUUUUACUACAUUAGGUUCCCUGUGUGUUCAUUUCUUCAUGUCCCACCCCUCUGUCAUUUGUAUCAUUGAUCAAAAUCAGAGGUUUACAGUCUGUUCAGAAAUGAUUUCUCUUUAUAUUAAAAAAUUGUAUAUGUGGCAAGUUGUAUCAUAUGCUCCCAUAUUGUAGGUAACUCUACAUUUUAUAUUAAAAACUAAACUUGGAUUUCCAAA